AUGACUUCUAUUUUAGUCGAAGAAGGUACACUUAAGGAGAAAGUAUAUAAUAAACAAAAAGUAUACGUAUACAAUCAAGCGCUUUUUCCUGAAGUACAAAAGUCGCAAAUCAAAGAACUGGAUCUCAGAAUUAAUGAUGCCAAGAUAAAACUUCAGGAAAUCCAACAUAAGGUCAAGCAAAAAUCAGCUGAGCUGUCGAAGCUCUCCAGUCUGCCGACGUUGGAAAAAGCAAAGGAAGAUUACGAAGAGCUGUGCCGUAAAGAGACCGAAUUAAAAGAGAAGAUAGACAAAAUCAAAGAGAGUGCCGGUGCAAUUGAGCCAGAAGUGCGCCAGGCGAUUCUGAAGGACCAUGAGCUGUACUCUAAGGAGGCGAGAAAGAGAAAGCGAUGGUGCAACGAUCUACUGGACAUGAUUUUGGAGGGAUACCCUUCCACAAAGGAUCAGCUGAUGGAAGAAAUAGGGAUCGAACCGUUCUGAGAAUCCUUGAAGAAAAAGGAUCAUAAGUUUGUUUUAUUUACAAAUCACGUUGAACUACAAU